AUGCCUGAGACCUCUGCCGUGCCUGCUAAGUCGCUAAACACCAAGGUUUCGCAUCCACCGAUGCCGCCAGUUCGAGGAUUUCUGGAGCACCCUAGCGCUGCCGCAGUGAUGGCUAAACAGCAGCAGAAUUCCCAGGGGUUCAACCAUCCUGUCUGCUACACACCGUCAUGCGUGUGGCUGGGAAAACAACUCCGCGCCAUCCUCAAUCCGCUGGUCGACCCUUGCGACAACUUCAACGAGCACGUCUGCGGACGCUUCGAUAGCGUCAGCGACAGCGACAGCACCAUAGAUGCCUACGAUCGCGCCGUGCAAGACGAUCUCGUACGUGGUGUAAAUACCAUGGAGAGCUCGAGCCUGUCGCCUGAUAGCGCAAGGAAGAAGGCCGCGGACCUUGCACUCGGCUGCUUUUCCCGGCAUUCGUCGCCAAAUCUCCAGCACGAUGUGCUCGACAGUUUCAUGAAAGACGAACAGCUCAACGUGCAAAAAGUGGAAGGCGACCUGGACGAAUCGUACGAGUCCUUGCUCUCGCUUCAUGUGCGCCUUUCGUUUCAUCUACCGGCUCGGGGACUGUUCCACAUCACGCCCUCCACCAAACCUGGCGAGUUGCAGAUUCUACUGGACACCUCCACCGUGCCUGGGCAGGCGCAGUUCUUGCGGUCUAUGCCAAGAGGGGACGGAGCUAAGUACUUGGGCACCUUGCAACCCGUCGAUUUCCGGACAACAACUGCAGCGAAGGUGUCCAUCCGUGGAUUAAAGUCGACGUUUUUCGCUGAAGCCUUGGCUGCCCACACGCCUUACGGUCCCGACACCAUAGUGGAAGUCGACCAGCGGCUGCUGCAGACCCUGGAAAACCUCAUUGACGCGGUCGGGAAGCAGGACCUUUAUUUUUUUACCAGCUGGAAUGUCCUGCGCGAGCUGGGGCCCUACGUGGACAACCAGGUGUUCCGCCUGUAUGACCAACCCCAUGCCUAUGCUCUCUGCAUCCGUAAAGUGAGGCUCGUCAUGGCCGUUCCUCUGGCAGCCACUACGUUCUAUGUCGAAAACACGGCGCAAAGUUACUUGGAAGCAAUGACCAGAAAGCUCGUCUACUGCGUUGCCAAAAACGCCUCGUCCUGGCUGCGCAAACUUCCGGACCCGUAUUCAAGCCCGCCCAGUAUGAGCGUGAUCGUCGGCUACCCUGCCAGCGAAGACACGGACCUCAAGAUGGACCAGAAAUACAACGUGUAUCCGGUGCAUAAUUUAAGCUUCGGCGUAUUCUUGUCGGAUUGGCUGGUAGCCGCCCAGAGGAGGAGUACUCAUCUAAAUCUGUCCGACGUUUCCUUCGACCCGUUCGUACUGGACACCGUAGUAUCUCGAGACGGGUCAUAUGUUGCCUUGCCCGCGGCCGUCGUUCACGUCAUGUACCGAUACGACGCCGUGGACGCCUUCAAGCACGGUGCCAUCGGUCACAUGAUCGCCAAGCGCUUCAUCCAGAGGCUGUCCAGCACUGGUAAGUGGCCGAGAGAGUGUUCCCAACCAGCUGGUUCGAAGGCGACAAGCGUACCUGAGAACCUGCUGGCGUACCAGUGCGUCGCAGACGGCUUACAGUCCGACCUCACGCUCAACUCCAGCGCAGCCAUGUGGCUGCCUAUGCACUUGCACCUGACUCCGUGGAGGCAGUUGUUCACCAUGGAUGCGGAAUUAAGGUAA